UUGUCGAGAAGUUCAGUCUCACUUGCUCGACAGUCGCGGAGUAGGCAAGAACGAACGUAGUCUCACCGUACAGUUUGCCGAGAGCCAUUAGUCGCUGCGUUUGGCACAUUGUGAAAUCAUCCUUCGAUUGUCAUUAGAUACGGUGUUGCAGCCAAACAAUGAGCGGACAAAAUAUUGCGAAAUUAAUAGAGGCGAUGAAGAAGAUGACGAGGGUCAUCAGGCCGCUGGGCCCGCCGAAGAUUUGGGAAGUGAUCGAAAAAAAGAGUAAAGACGGACGACCGCUCAAAUUCACGAUUCAGGAGAUCCCGAAGGACAGAAAGGAAGAUGUGGUCGAACACAUGUGCAAAUACUUUUUGGAAGGCGAACCGACCUGCGCAUGUUUCAAUGCCUUAAAUACACCUAUAUACGUUGAAGAGUGCCGAGCAUUAUGGCACUACGUGCUGGAACAAAAUAUAGCCGUAGUCGCUUUCGUUGACAAUCCCAACGGAGGGAAACCUAUAAUAGCCGGUGUAAACAUGUUAUACGUAGAGUUUAAAGAAUACGAGAAGAAUAUCGAGGAUAUCCAGUUUAUGUCAAAGUUCAGCAUCACGUACAAAGUCAUGAAGAAACUAAAUAAGGAAGUUCAAUUGUACGAUCGUUACGGAGUGGACAAGUACUUGGCCGCCGUUGGACUCAGCGUAGCGCCCCCUUUCCGAGGAUACGGAUUGGGCACGGAUAUUCUGAAAAUCAGGAAUAAAGUCGGCCGUGAAUACGAUAUCGGGAUGACAUCCACCAUAUUCACCUCGCCGUUCUCGGUUAAAUCAGCGGAGCACGCGGGAUUCGAGAUGCUAUUGAAGAAAGAUUUCAUCGAUGUAGUGGACGAAAAUGGAAAAGAGUAUUUCCCUGGUGUGCAACAGUUCUCCAAAAGUGUAGCGGUCAUGGCAAAAAGACUCUAAGGUGAGAUCCCGACUCCUCGCGCGUGAGACAAUAGCAGAGAGGAUGAAAAAAAAAAUGAAUUAUCCGAGUUUUCCUGAUCCGGUAUAAUUUUUAUUGCAAAUAUGGUCCUAAUAAAAUUUUGCUACCAAACCUUUCAAAUUGUUCAGUCAGUAUUGUUCAAAUUGAAUUUCGUGCUUGGAUAAUUUUGUAUGAGAAACUAUAUAAAAAAAACUACACAGCUAUGUAAUACAGAUUUAUUUUAUCGUAUCGUUUUUAGUAUCGAAAAAUUAAUAUGUAAAAAGCGGUCCGAGAAAGUCACCCUUUUAUGUUAUACAUCGACUUUUCGCAGAAAUUCACACGUCCGCUCUCACGAGAAACCAGCGCGUGUACAAUAGCGGGAAUUAUAUCUCUUAUACCUGUAUUAUCAAACUGAGUUUUACGCAAUUACGUCAAAAAAAUAUACGGAACGUUCUAGAAGAAAUCCUCUAAAUAAAGCAUAAAAGCAAAGGUAUUAUUUCCUACGCAAAUACGGAUAGUGAUAUUUAUCAACUUCCUGAAGUGAAAGCCCAUCUCAAGCUUUCAGCCAGAAAUAUGUACAAUAUAGAUGUAAAACAUGGGGAAGAGAAGAGAGAGAGAGAGAGAGAGAGAGAGAGAGAGAGAGAGAGAGAGAUUAAGAAAGCAGUUUCAAGACAGUCGAAUUGAAGAGGUCGACAAGAUUACGAGAAGGAAGAAACUCACGGGCAAAGAAUCCGCGGAUGAAGUCUCUCCGCGUGAUUUUCCGAUAUUUAGCUCGUGCUCUUAGCUAAGCGUGAAGGUGCUCCACGCGAUUGGAUUACACGAAGCAGAGAAUAGAGCCGUCAAAUUGAACUGAAGUACUCUCGUACUGUCGGCCAUUAGCGAUCGCGACGGAAAGGAUGCUUUUCGGAGUUUUGAGAGCGCGUCAAGCACAAGUUCAUCGGCGAUGCGCAUUGAAAUGCGGUUAGACGUGUGCACUUCCGUCAUUAUAAAUAAU